AUGCUGCGCGCCAACGCGGACGCGUCCGGGCAUCAGAUCUUUGCUGCGGAGGAGGACAUCAUACUGCGGGAGCUGGAGAUCACGGACCUGUUCCUCCACAACACCGGCGCGCUCCCCGAGCCGCUCGCCGCCGGCGGCGCCCGCGCGCUCGCCGCGGCCACGCUGCAGCUGACCAACGUCCUCGCGGCCGGGUCCCCCUUCAGGACGCUCCAGAUUCUGAAGCGUCACCCGGGCCUGCUGCGGCUGACGCCCAGGGACAUUGGGGCGCGCGUCCUGGCUCUGAAGCUGCUGCUGCCCUCCUGCAACGUGGGGGACCUGCUGUACCAGAAGCCGGCCCUGCUGCUCAUGGACGACCUCUGCAAACAGGCGAGCGGCGGGCAGGCGCCAAACGCUGGCAGCCGCUCGCGGCCACGCGGCGGGCGCAUGGGCAGGGACGCGUGCGGUGGGCUCGGCCGUGCGAGGCAGGGUGUUGUGGCGCUGGCUGCGCGGCGGCGCCGCGAGUCUUCGCUGGCACCCGCGCUGCCCUGA